AUUUUAUUUUUGCCCCCCUAAGCCAAGUCGUCUGGGUCCGCCCCUGGCAACAGCAGUUAUUGUGAAGAAUAAUGGCACAAGGCUAUCAACCUCAACACUGCUUUACUGAGUUAUUUCAAGUCGAAGAAAAGAAGCAAUACAGGAGUCCAAGGAUUGUAAGGCUACUCUUACUGUACACACCCGCAUUUGACCUCAGCUUCUGAAACCAUGUUUCCAUCUGAAGCUAUGAAAUCUGAAGAUCCUCGUUUGUUCUCUUUCGGCUGGGAGCAAUUGAAGCAUAAGCUUAGCAGAAUCUAUGCUGCCCCACCAGCGGAAAGAUCAAAGCCAAUUCAUGCAAGUGCACCUUCCAAAAAUGAAACCAUCUAUCAGGAGCGUGAGCUCUUCUUCAGGUUAAUAAGGAUGGGUUUUGACGAAAUAUAUUUGUCUAGCCCAGGUUCAUGAUCGGACAAUUAUGGAAGGACUAUUUUAUCUGCACUGGCCCUGCUUCAAUGUUGGUUCCUGUGACUGUCAACCCGGGUGAGGAGUGGUGAGGGGAACAAGUUAUAGAGCAUGAUAAUUUGCAAUCACAUCAUCUAAAAUAUUAAUUAAUGUUAAACUUGUGCUCUUGCGAGUUUACUACUGUAUAAAUAUGAGUCUGAGUUGUAGAAAAGGAAGAAGUACAUUAAAAUAUAUAAUUUAGGUUAACAUUUUUCUUUCCUUGAGUUUUCCUUUAAAUAUUCUUAAGAACUCAUUUUGAAUGUUUAAUGUUGAGUUAUUUCGAUCCAGCGAGAGAAAAGGCUGAUCAAUGUGUAUUGCUGUAGCUUAAUUUCCCAUUCCCUGCCUUAUAGCGUGGGAUAAGUUCUUUCAAGGAGGAGGAAGAGAGAGACUAAUUCAAAUGUCCCUACAACUUGCGAAGCUAGAGGACAACAAUAGAGAUAAAUAUACUCCAAAAUAUCUUUGAAGUUUGAAUCAGAACCAACCAAUUGAAAUAUUAUCUAGUAGAGUUGUGCAGUGAAGAUAAAGGACAUAUCCAGUUCCCUCGAUUUUGUCCAUUUAUAGAAUCAACGGGUGCUGGACAGGACUGGUAAAAGAGUAAUUCACAGUGGAAGCGGAUGAUGAGCAUUAUCUACACUUCUUUCCCCUUUCCAACAUCCAUCUCUCUUUCUACCAUAAAACUGGUAACCAAAGACAUUUCUUUACGCCCUUAUAUUCUCUUGGCUAGAAGGCAGAAAUUCAGUAGAAAAAGAGAUUUAGCAUUGCAAACAGUUGCUUCAUUCUCAUUUCCACCAAUAGAUGUGGAUUGCUUGGCAAGUGAAUUUUGUAUUGACGGAGUCACUUUUUCGGGUAUUAGCGAUAGUUGUGUCAUUAGGAUGGCGCUCGAAAAUGGAAGCAUGGCCAAUGUGAUGCUGCCAAGUGGUUUAAUCACUUCAUUCAAGGUUCCAAUGUGGCACGGAGGCACAAUGGAGUUGCUGCACACAACAGUCUCAGAGGGGGAGAAUAGCGGUGCUGUCAUUCGAGGAGGAAUAUCACUAGCCUUCAACUGCCAGAACGAUAGAGGUUCAUGGUCUCCAAAUAUUUGGGCCCUUCAUCAAGUUAAAGGAACUCCUCAAGAAUCAAUUCAGGUAGAAUUGAUUAGCAGAAAUUCCGAGGGCAAUGUUGAGGUAAGACAUGUCAUAAACCUGCAACAAAAUGUUUUAAUCUCGGAGAUUCUAGUCUCAAAUGCAAGCGCUUCAGCCCUACGCCUAAUGGGUUCACUCAUAAGUCAUCUGACAGUAAGCACCCCAGAAGCAACUUAUGCAGUGGGACUAGAGGGAUCAGAUUUCUUUAGGAGGCCUCCAGUUCUGGCAAAUUUUAGCAUUAUUCCUCCCGACUUUGGCAACAGAAACGAUCAGGUUUCCGAGAAACUCUGGGGCCAUAUUGCACUUAACAAACUUAUUCUCAGACAGAACACUGAUGAUGACUUGAAAAGCACGAGGAGAAACAUAGAAGAAGAGCGGAAGGGUGAAGAAAAAGACAACCAAAAGCAUUUGACAGACAAAAUGAGCAGGAUUUAUACCAGUGCACCUCGAAACUUCACGGUCAUUGAUCGGGGUAGAAGAAACUCAGUGGUAAUUAGAAGAGAUGGGUUCAAUGAACUUUACAUGUUCAGUCCUGGAUCAAGACACAAAUGGUACGGCAAAUAUUCUUAUAUAUGCGUAGGUCAAGCUGCCCUGCUGCAACCCAUUAGCUUGAACUCACAAAGUGAAUGGAGAGGAGGACAACAUCUACACAACCCCAAUUUCUGAAAUGCAAGCGGAGAACCUUCUACAUGGCUAAAUAAUUUUUGAACAGAGAAAGCAAAUUCUUUCAGACUGUGCAGAUAUAACAUGCUUUCUCUAUUUUAAGUUCCCACCGAGUCUUCACGUUAGACCUUGAAAUAUUAUGAGAAUUCUCCACAAUUUUUCAUAAGA